UGCCACUUGUGUAACUUUAUAAAUCAAAUAUAAUAGUUUGAAAACAUUGACAGAGACAUUUUUGAGUAUUUCUAAAGUACUGUACUUGCUUUCACAAAAUCCCCAGAAACAGUUUCUGUAGUUUGGUGAAGACUUAAUUUUAAUUGUAGGGUGUUGUUGGGGCUCCAGGUGGGCCUUCAAGCUCCAAGUGGGCUGUACAAACCUGGAGUUUUUAUUUAUUUAUUUAGUUUUGUACAUGACACAGAGUCCAAUAUUGUGUGUUAUGAAUGUCUAAGCCUAAACCCAACCUCACAGUAACCUGCUGUGUUUUAUUAACGUCUACACCUAAACCCAACCUCACAGUAACCUGCUGUGUUUUAUUAACGUCUACACCUAAACCCAACCUCACAGUAACCUGAUGUGUUUUAUUAGUAACUGCUCCACCUCCACCACCUAAACCCAACCUACUUGUGGUCUAAGUCCCUCCCACUUGGAGGUCUCCAGGCUGCAGCAAUACCUACUUGUCCAGCUUUGGCCUGAGAACUGAUGCUCUGAGGUGGAUGGGUCACUUCCCAGUUAUUUUUUAAUUAUUUAUUUUAUUCCCCAAGCUACCCAGACAACACAGAUCAAUCAUUUAAGUGCAUAAGAAGUACAGUAGGUGGUGGUAAUACUUUAUUAACGCUACUGGAUAUUAUGUUAGUUGCUGGAUUUUUCAGUAGUAGGAUCCUAAGGAGUGAACGGCCAGUAAACAAAGAAGAGGAAAAGUGCCUUUACGGGUUUAGUCUGCUGCAAAUAUCAGAAGCUGAUGAAUGAAUGGAGGAGGAAUUCUUGUUGAUCGACAUGAUCCUAAGGAGUGAACGGCCAGUAAACAAAGAAGAGGAAAAGUGCCUUUACGGGUUUAGUCUGCUGCAAAUAUCAGAAGAUGAUGAAUGAAUGGAGGAGGAAUUCUUGUUGAUCGACAUAUUUCAAACCAGACUGCAUCGAUAUGAAGCCUGUGAUCAAUAAUGAAGAGUCUUUUCAGGGAGCUCCAAAAUCUGAAUCCAUUAAUGAUGAUGUGGAAACUUUGGUUCUGAGUAAAACAGAAGGAUCGGCUGCUCUCUUUUGCAGACGGCUGAAAUAUCGAGUAAAAACUGAUGAAACAUCAGAUCAAAGUUCAUCAGAUACUGACACAGAAGAUGAGCUUCCCAUCUCCACAUCUCCAACCCCUGGUAAAAAGUUUGUCUGUAAGCUGUGUGGCUCAGAGUUUGGUAGUAACAUAAGUAUGGUGCGUCACAUGCGAAUACACACAGGAGAGACGCCGUAUGUCUGUGAAGUCUGUGGGAAAGCGUUCAGACGCAAAGACUGGCUUAAACUGCACAGUAGCGUUCAUACUGGUAUCAAACGCAAACGCAAGCGUGAGAAGAAAUUCAGCUGUGAUCAGUGUGAGAAGAAGUUUGAUGGUCCUACUGAUCUUCAGUACCAUUUAAAUAAGCACAGAGGCGAGAGGCCGUUCGCCUGCAUUCAGUGCAAUAAAACCUACUUCAGUAGGUCUGAUCUUUGUCGACACCUCAAGGACUGUCAUUCAGAUAAAAAGUACAGCUGCUCUUUGUGUGGACAUGAAUUCACACGCCACUUUUCGUUGCAGAAACACAUGCGGAUCCACACAGGAGAGAGACCUUACUCCUGUCCACACUGUGAGAAGACUUUCUCCUAUAAAUACAGCUUUGACAUGCAUGUUAAAAGUGCUGUAUGUAGGAGAGAUAAAUGAGAUAUUGUAGUACAAAUGAAAAAUAUGGAAAAAAUAUUCACUUUGUCUCUCCUAUUAUGACUCCAUGUAAGUUGCCAGAUUGAUGACAAUCUAGUUUUACACUGUGAACUGCUCAGCUACUUGCUGUGUUUGUAAUAUUUAUAUUGUUUGCUAAUUAAAACCACCUUGUGGAUUUUUACAACUCUGAA